CAAUUGAUGGAUUGACCCAGCCCAGCCAUGGAUUCAAAGCUUCUGGACAUGCUUAUACGCCAGCGUGCAAGUAUAAAUAUUGGGUGUUGGUUCUCCUCUCUUCGCAUUGGUCCGAGUUACCCAAAUUUGAAUCGUGAAAUCCGAGAGUAAUUACAGAGACCUUGGAGUUAACUCUUCCAUCAAUGGCCACCAAAGUGUAUAUUGUAACUUGAGAAGGAACCUGGGAAUAGUCUACACCCAUGCACAUACAUGCAAAACUGAGAAGUUGAAGAAAUUUGUUUUAGACAAAUACUUCCAACUCAGCAAUCCAUUAGAGGUACUAUUCCAUGUAUGGACAUGUAGAGAAACUAGCAGAAGAGAUAAAGAAAGGGGCUGCAUCUGUUGAAGGUGUUGAAGCCAAAUUAUGGCAGGUCCCUGAGACACUGCCAGAAGAGGCACUUGGGAAGAUGAGCGCACCUCCAAAGAGUGAUGUGCCAAUCAUUACGCCCAAUGAACUUGCUGACGCGGAUGGGUUUGUUUUUGGCUUCCCAACAAGAUUUGGAAUGAUGGCUGCUCAAUUCAAGGCAUUUCUGGAUGCAACUGGUGGUUUAUGGAGAACACAACAGCUUGCAGGUAAGCCAGCUGGGAUCUUUUACAGCACCGGAUCUCAAGGUGGUGGACAAGAGACUACUCCGUUGACUGCAAUUACUCAGCUGGUUCACCAUGGGAUGAUUUUUGUGCCCAUUGGAUACACAUUUGGAGCUGGCAUGUUUGAAAUGGAAAAAGUGAAAGGUGGAAGUCCGUAUGGUGCUGGAACUUUUGCUGGGGACGGCUCAAGACAGCCAUCUGAGCUUGAGUUGGAGCAAGCAUUCCACCAAGGGAAGUACAUUGCCGCCAUCACAAAGAAACUCAAGGGCGCUGCUUAAAGUUUGAAGUUCCCAAAUUAAUGCCACCAUAAAAGAUACCCAUUUGGAAUCCUUUUCCAUUUUUUACUCCUAGAAUUUCAUAUUCCUAUUUCUCUGUGCUUGCAAGUAAAAAUAGUUCCUGUGUCGUUGAUAUAUGCUUUGUUUGUGUGUAACACAAUACAGUGGUUGUUGUUAAUGGUAAAACUUUGAUUGAUUA